AUGUCCCUUUCCCCGCACAGCAGCGCUGAUUCGGACGACCACGAAUGCGCUGCUGGUAUUAAUGCAACCAGCAGCGAUAGAAGUCGUCGCUCCAAGCUCGAGAUUGACGUGAGCGACAGUAUUAGCGACUGCAGCGACGUGGGCGACGAGAACGACGAUUCUUCCGAAUCCUCAGAUGCCGCGAGUGACGAUUCGCCGGACGAGAUCUGCUCCACCGCGUCCACAUUCUCCUGCUUCUGGCCGCGCUCCGCGGCCUCGACUGGCGACUCGUCAGACGGCCGCGCGUCGCCGCGGUCCGUGUUGCGGCGAGAUCGCGCCUCGCGUCAUCGGGAAGUCGACGUUGAUAAUGACUAUUUCGAAGCUGAGAGGCGCCUGCCGGCUGAAACCCUAAGCGUCCGCGUCGCGUGUUCUGACCAGCUGAAAAUCGAGGAGAUUGAGCUUCCGGAAGACCUGUACACACACGAUAUCCCCGCUUCCUUCGCCACGCUCCCGCACAACACAUUGUCUGCGAAUCUUACGAUAAAUGCUUUCUCCUCUGAUAAAAGGGGCUCAUUUGUUCCCGUGGGUCGCACAGGCUCUCUGGGUCAGCCAAUUGGUUUCCCUGCUGUGCACGCGUCAGGCGCUCCGAUAUUCCCGCCAUCCCUCCACCACGGGUUCCUGGGAUGCCCUCCGCAGCUUCUGGCGCAGCAGCAGAUGAACCAGAUGUACUGGCAGCAGAUGCACCUGAACCAGAUGCGGCUGCAGCAGGCAAUGUACCUCCAGCAGCAGCAACAGAGGGAGUGGAUGGUUACCGUGCAUGUAAUGCAUGAGAGCUUCGUGCAUUUCGAGUCGGCCAAUAAGUCCGUGCGAGCAGCUGGGAGCCAUGUCGCAGCCGCGGCAAGCGACGUCGCAGCCGCUGCUGCGAGCGUCGCAGAAGCGUCACUGGACGAGCGGGUGGAGCUUGGCGCGCUUCAGGGCCGGGCGAGGGAGGAAGCGGAGGCCGUGCAAGCUGCCGUCUUUCAAGCCGCACAGGAACUAGACGGUGUAGCAGCAGAGGCUGUAGCUGCCGCUGAUGCUGCUGCAGAGGGAGAGGGAGAGACGAGGGAUGAGAGGGGUCAGGGUUUAGGCGGCGGUUCCGUAGAUGGUAGGGCGCGGACGAAGCGGUUGUUGCAGUGGGCGCGGGAGCUACAUGGGGGAACUCCCCCCGCGCCUGCACUGCGCGCGCGGGAGAAUCGUGUCAUGGGCUGCGUUGCGCAGGUGUGGCUCCACGUGGAACUUGAGGAAGACACGUCAUCAUCCGACGGCACGGAACUUUCCCGCCUCAACCUCCGCCUGCAGGCCGAUAGCGAUUCGGAUCUGACACGUGGCAUCUGCCAGCUCCUCGUAGGGAUCUUCAACGGCCGUAGCGUCAGCGCCGCGCUAGCGCUAGAUUCUAACGGACCGGCAGUUAAAGCACUCUCUGCCGCCCUAAAACCCGCAGCCGCCGGCGCAUCUCCCGGUAAGGCCGCCCCCGCUGUACGCACAUCCACCUUUGUAAGCCUCCUCCUUUCCCUGCAAAAACGCGCGCGCGCUCUCGCGGCGGCGGCGCUCGGACGGACUCCGUCAGUGGCUCCGUUACCGUCAAUCGUGAUCGGGCGGGGCGGGACGAUCACCGCUCGUGGGGAUUUCGCGGUGACCCAGGCGCAGUACCUGCGACCGAACGACGCGGCAGUUGCGGCGCUAGUUACGGAGCUAUCUAGCAAGCGCGUAGGCGUCGUGGCGCAUUUCUACAUGGACGCGGAAGUUCAGGGCGUGCUGGUCGCGGCGCGCAAAUCCUGGCCGCACAUCAAGAUCUCGGAUUCGCUGGUGAUGGCUGACGGAGCGCUGAAGAUGGCGCAGGAGGGGUGUGACUAUAUCGCGGUCCUGGGGGUGGAUUUUAUGGCGGAGAACGUGCGUUGCGUGCUUGAAAAGGGCGGUUUUGCGCACGUGCCGGUCGUGCGAAUGGCGGCGUCCCCCAUCGGGUGCUCGUUGGCGGACGCGGCGCGGAGCGACGCGUACGAGAGGUAUCUUAAGGAGGCUUCGACGGUGCCUAAGUCGCUGCACGUGAUCUAUAUCAACACGGCGCUGGAUACUAAAGCCGUGGCGCACCAUGCGGUGCCGACUAUCUCGUGCACGUCGUCCAACGUGGUGCAGACGGUAUUGCAGGCUUUCGCCCAAGUUCCGGACCUGAAUCUUUGGUACGGACCAGACACGUACAUGGGAGCGAACCUGGUCGAGAUGCUUCAGCAGCUCUCCACCGUACCUGACGAUGAGGUUCGGUUGCUUCACCCAGACCACACCCAAGCCUCGCUCCGCGCGCUCCUGCCUCGGAUAAGAUACUUCCAGGAAGGUGCCUGCAUUGUUCAUGACAUGUUCGGGCAGGAGGUUGUUUCGCGGCUCCGGGCGGCAUAUUCCGACGCUUACCACACCGCACAUUUCGAGGUGCCCGGAGAAAUGUUUGCGCUGGCGAUGGAGGCUCGUGCAAGGGGUCGCGGCACUGUUGGGUCAACACAAAACAUAUUGGAUUUUGUAACUGCCCGAACGAGGGAGGCGUUGGAAAGGGGUUAUGAAGGGGAGAGGUUACAGUUUGUUCUAGGGACAGAGACUGGUAUGGUUACCAGCAUUGUGCAAGCGGUGCAGGACGAAUUGGCGAAGGUUGAGAGCGGUUCUGAUGGUGCCGCUGAUGUGGAAGUAGAGAUAGUGUUUCCCGUAGACAGCUCAGCAGUUGCUUCCACUAAGGAGGAUGGGAGCAGCAGCAGCAGCAGCAGCAGCAGCAGCAGCAGCAGCAGCAGCAGCAGCAGCAGCAGCAGUGGUAGUGGGGGUAACGGCAAGGCAGCAGGGUCGGUGGCAGCAGCGAUGCUGCCGGUGGUGCCAGGCGUGAAGGGCGGGGAAGGGUGCUCUGUCACCGGCGGUUGUGCAUCGUGCCCGUAUAUGAAGAUGAACUCCCUGGAUGCCCUCAUGUCUGUCUGUCACAUGAUGGGACAAGAUGAUGCUCUCACACGCCUGGCGCCGUACGAGCCUGACAAGUUUGCCGAGCCUCUUGGUCCGGGUACCGUGGCGGACCUGGGCUACUUGCCGAUCCUCCACAUGAGGCAUUUCCAGAAAACGGGGCGAUUGUCCGAGGAGCUUGUUGCCGACAUACUGACAAGGAAUCAGAGCCAGGAUAAGCCCACACAAUGA